AGGAAUGAGCAGGAUGUAAAUAUUUACAGCUGGGCUCGGAGCGCUGCACCCAGACCUGAUUGCGGGGCCGGGGGUCAGGAAAGGCAUCCCCAUGCCCCUGCUUCUGCUUAGUGUCACGGGCUUUCUGCCGGGAGAGCCCUGCCCAGACGGCCGGCCUGGGGGUGGGCAGAGGGGCUGGGAGCCAGCCCUCCUGGGUUCUAGCCCAGCUCGGGGAGGGGAGUGGGGGGCUGGGAGCCAGGACUCCUGGGUUCUGGCCCUGGCUUGGGGACAGGAGUUUAGGUGGGUGCUAACUGGGCUCUUCCACGUCUAAUGCGGCUGCUCCUAAUUUGUCCCUUGCCCGCCACGCGGGUCGGCGCUGGCCACCUCCUGCCCGCCCCAGCACUGAUCGCACCGGAGCUCCCCCUGCGGCCGAGGGAGACGCGCCGGGAAGUAACGGAGCCCGGCGCCAUGGCCCCCUGGCCCGUGGCCCUGCUGCUGCUGAGCCUGGCGGGGCUGGCGCAUUCGGCGAGUCGUGCGGAGGAGCCGGGGCGCAGCCGGGGGGCGCGGGCGGCCGAGCCCCCCGCCGGGGCCAAGUGCACCUACACGUUCAUCGUGCCGCAGCAGAAGUUCACGGGGGCCGUGUGCUGGAGCAGCGGGCGAGCCGCCCCCGAGGCGCCGGUGCCCAACGGCAGCGAGGCGCGGGCGCUGCAGGAGGUGCUGGGCCGGCAGCAGGCCGAGCUGCAGCGGCUGCGGGGGCUGGUGGAGGUGGACGGCGCCCUGGUGAGCGAGGUGAAGGCCCUGCGCAAGGAGAGCCGCGCCAUGAACGCCCGCGUGGGCCAGCUCUACGCCCAGCUGCUGCACGAGAUCCUGCAGCGGCGCCAGCGGCCCGGGCUGCUGGCCCAGCUCGAGGGGCGCGUGGCCAACGCCUCGGACCAGGCGCUGCGGCUGGCCGCCGGCUACCGCCAGCUGGAGCUGCGGUACCAGGCGCUGGCCGCCCUCGUCAACGACCAGAGCGCCCUCAUCGCGCGGCUGGAGCGGCGGUGCCAGGGGGGCGCCGGGCCGCCCCCCCCGCAGCCCCCCCUGGUGCCAGUCGUGCCCCCCCGCCUGUCCGGCAUCGCCAACGAGAGCAGGGCCUAUUUCGACGCCGCUGCCCAGCUGCAGAUGGACCAGACGGAGCCGGCGCCCCCCACGCUGCCCCCCAGGGCCCCGGGGCCCUGGCGUGACUGCCUGGCGGCACGGCGCAGCGGGCACGAGGCCAGCGGGGUCUACGAGGUGCAGCCGGCGGGCGCCGGCCAGUCCCUGCAGGUCUGGUGCGAGCAGGAGCUCGAGGGGGGGGGCUGGACCGUGAUCCAGCGGCGCCAGGACGGCUCCGUCAGCUUCUUCACCACCUGGCACCACUACAAGCACGGCUUCGGGACGCCGGCGGGCGAGCACUGGCUGGGACUGGAGAGCACCCGCCGGGUGACAGGGCAGAGCCCGGGGCCCUACGCGCUGCGGGUGCUGCUGGAGGACUGGGCGGGGCGCCAGGCAUACGCCCACUACGACCGCUUCGCCCUGGAGCCCGAGAGCGACUCCUACCGGCUGCGGCUGGGCCGCUACCACGGCAGCGCCGGGGACUCGCUGGCCUGGCACGACGGCCGCCCCUUCAGCACCCUGGACCGGGACCACGACGCAUACAGCGGGAGCUGCGCCCACUACCACAAGGGCGGCUGGUGGUACAACGCCUGCGCCCACUGCAACCUCAACGGGGUGUGGUACAAGGGCGGGCACUACCGCGGCCGCUACCAGGACGGCGUCUACUGGGCCGAGUUCCGCGGCGGCGCCUACUCCCUGCGCAAGGUGGUGAUGAUGGUGCGGCCCGCGCUGCCCACCCCUGACGCCACCUGAUGCCUGAACCCCCAGAGCCACCCACCCCCGAUGCCGCCCCAACCCCCGGAGCCGCCUGAACCCCUGGAGCAACCCGCUGCCUGAACCCCCAGAGCCACCCACCCCCGAUGCCGCCCCAACCCCUGGAGCCGCCUGAUGCCUGAACCCCUGGAGCCACCCACUCCCGCUGACGCCUGACACCUGCACCCCAACGCCGCCUGAUGCCUGAACCCCUGAUGCCGCCUGAACCCCCGAUGCCACCUGACACCUGAACCCCUGGAGCCACCUGACACCUGCAUCCCUGAUGCCUGAAACCCCAGAACCACCUGACGCCUGAACCCCCAACGCCGCCUGACGCCUGAACCCCCGACGCUGCCUGCCCCCAAUGCUGCCUGACACCUGCACCCCCGACACUGCCUGAUGCCUGAACCCCCAGAGGUGCCCGCCCCUGAUGCCGCCUGAUACCUAACCCCGGCUCAGCCGGGUCCCUGCGCCCGGCUCUGCCAGCCCAACAGCUCCUGGGACACCGGCUCAUCCGGAUCCCCGCACCCGGCCCUGCCAGCCCAGCCAGGUCCCCGCGCCCGGCCCUGCCAGCCCAGCCGCGCCCGGGACGCCGGCUCAUCCGGGUCCCCGCGCCCGGCCCUGCC